AUGCAGAUCGCCUGCAUGACCAGGGGCAGCGAAAAGGAACGCAGGAGCUUCGCGGCACCCAACUCCGGGAGCGUGUUCACGAGGAUCGCAAGUGCCAGCACCACCCGGCUGUCGAGCUUGUCCUCGCUGCACGGGAUCUGCACCAGAAGCGAUGUGGGAGCUCCGGAGGAGCUGCCUCUGCCGGAGACGGCCUACACCGGCGGCGUCGACGACGUCCGCGGGGCCGGGUGCGCGAGGUGCGACGAGACCCGCGCGGGGGUGACCGAGCUCCGGGCCGAGGCGAGAGUCCUCGACGCGCAGUGCCAGGCGCGGAAGAGGGCCGCGCGAGACGCCGGCGGCCCUCCCGGGGAGUCCUCGGGCGGAGCGCAGGCAGCCUCCCGGGUGGUCCUAUACAGUCCGGGUCGGCUUCGACACGCCAGCCCCGGGGCGCGGAGCGACCCAGGGGCGCCGCCGGAGGCCCGCAUCGAGUUUCGCCGGCGCUACGCGCGGCGCAUCGAGGCCGUGCUCGUGGAGAAGCGGCACGUGGAGGCCGGGCUGUUCGCGCGGAGCGCCGCACGGCCCGCUGGCGGGCACGCGGAGUGCGGCGGUGCCGACCUGUGCGCCAUCACGAGGGUGAACCAGCCCGACGAUGACGUCGUCGCGUGGCGGCCGUGCCACGCCGCUGGGGACGGCUGCUCGCCAAUGAAGCAAACGCGCCAUGAGGCGAAGCGGGUCCCGAGGUUUUGCUGCGGUUUUCGGGCUUCUGUCGCAGGCCCAGAAGUUGUCACCAACACCAAGAUCGGCGGUGUGCCUCCACCGAGGGAAGACGAUCCCGAUCUCGGUGAUGGUGGUAAGAUUCUGGCUUCCAAGGUGGCCAAACUAUUACCACCAACACCGAAAUCUAGGAUCAUCUUCCCCCUGCGGAGGCAACCCCCUGUGUUGGUGUUGGUGCCAAUUUCUAGGCCGCCAAUCCUGGGGCCUCCCCAGGGCUCCCCGAUCCUCAAAGAGGGCUGGUUCUUUAGGAACGACCCCAGGGUCCAUGACCCGCUUCCCUCAGGACCUGUUUUUUUCAUGCCAAGGUUGCAUCUCGCGCGUCGUGGUGUAGUCUGGCGCAGGCCCAGAGCCAGGCCGGGGGCGGCCGCCAGGGAGGGGUGAGGCGCGCGGCCUCUGCGCGGGGGGGUCGGACUUCUCCGCGCCUCCCUCCCCCCUCCCUCCUCCUCCUCCUCCUCCA